AUGCACUUGCUCGGGCUGCUCUCGCAGGCCCCGGGCGCGCACGCCGAGUGCCUCCCCGCCUCCAGCUUUUGCGCCCCGCCACGGGUCGUGGGCACACGCCGCACCGCCCCGGCAAGAAAGCUCUCCUCGCACACUCCCCAGCAUGACCCCGCCGGCGAGGCUGCGACCGAGCUGCUGGUGAUGGCGGGGAUUGCGGUGGCCAUCAUCCUCCUCAUCCUCACGCGAGCUCACCGACGCUGUGGCCGGCGGCUGGGCGGCGAUCCAGAGUUUGCCCUUUCUGGCGGGAGUCCUGUGGCGCCGUACCUCUCGCCGGCAAAACGGCCGAAACGGAGGAAGCGGAAGUCGGAGGACGUGCGUCCAAAGGAGGUGCGCGGGGCAAGGGUCACCGCCGCCGCCGCAAAGGCCACGGCGCCGGCUUCCGUCGCGCGGGCAAGCGCAGGCGAGGCCGACGCCACCGCGCCCCAGAACGUGCCUCCGCAGGAGCCGUCGACGCCGCAGCCUUCGCUGACGCGGCCCGUGCUGACUCAGCUGCCCCAGCUUCGCCCCACGGCAACCGAGUCUAGCGCCUCGCCCGCCUCCGACCGCGACUCGUCGACGCACGAGUGGCCGAUUGACCCCUCCACCGCUCACCGGCCGCCGUCGGAGGACGGCCUGACCUCGACGGUGGACCAGCCAGUUUCCAAGGAGGGCAUGACAUCGUUCACGUCCGAGCCGUCAGCGGAGUCCCCACCACGCAGCACCGAACCCUCCUUCGCCGCGACGUACGAGGCCAAGUGCGAGGCCGCAGCCGCCUCGCCCUCGGCGGCCGCCAUUCCGAAGACCCGGCGGCGACGCCGCCAAUCACGCACGUCACUCAGCACGGAGCAGCAGGGACAGGCUCCGCCUAGCAAGGUGCAGAGUGUCUCUUCGGGGCCAGCCGAGCAGCCCCACCAGCCCUCGCCGAAGGACGACCUGACGUUGGCCGCCCCUUCGAGCGGGCCUCGCCGGGAGGGGAAGACGAAGAGAGAGGGAGGUGAGGGCUGCUCGGACGACGGUGGCAGCCCCAGUGGCGCAGGCCCGAGCAACAGCAGCAGCCACAGCCGCGAGCUGGCGAUCACCGGCACGACUAGCGAGCACGACGCGUUCUCGCGCACAGCGCCCGCCGAGGCCAUCCACGCUCCCACUGACAGCUCGCCCUCGGCGGCGACCUACGAGCCACAGGCGGAGGCGCGCCGGGCUGGGCUUGGCAGUUCACCGCUUAGCGAGGGCGUCGAGGCGCCGCAGCGCCUUCUCCGGCCUCCACCUCUCGCGUUGCGUCGACAAAGCUCUUUGGGCUGCCAGGGGCAGGGAGGGAUGCCGCCACUACCGCCUCCGCUCACCAUCGUCGCCGCAAGCCCCGCCCUCCUGGGAGAAGUUGUGCCAAUCUCGCCGCCGCCGGCACAAGAGAGCGGGCAGCAGUCCGGCCCUACGACCUCGCCUGACAGCGUGCAGUCGUCGCUCUCAAUCUCGGCACAGUCGGCGCUCGUCAUCAACGCGUUGCGAGGGCGAACCUCGCCGCGAUUCGCCUCCUGCCCGCCCGGGCUAGCGCCGACGCCCCCCUCCACGCCGACCGCGGCUCUCCCCCCGGGCAUCCUCGCCCUCGCCUCGGGCCAUGUGCGAUCGGCCCCUCCCUCGCCGUUUGCGCCACGCAUUGCGACCAUCGGCCGGCCCACCAAUGCCACUCCGACUUGCUACUCGCCGCCGCUCAAGGCGCGAACGCCGCGCCUUCUUCUAACGCCCCCUCACGCGCGAUCGGCGCCGUGGGCUAAGCCUGCCGUCGCUGCUACGGAGGGCGCGGCUCCGGACGGCCGCCGAGCCGGCUCGCGGUCGGGAUCGCAGCCAGGGACGCCGCGCACGCCGCGCACGCCGCGCGUGAUGACCUUUCCCAAGAAGAAGAAGAAUCGCGCCGCACAGGCAAAGCGACUGCGGCAGGAGUUGCAGCCGUUGCUUCAGCUGCUGGCGCCAUCCCCUGGGAGCUAG